GCAGCAGCAUUAAUAUUAUGGCAUCUGAACUCUGUUGCAUGCCCAGUUCAUAUUUCCUAACAAAAAAACUGACCACAUCCAUCCCCCCAAUACCACGACUCCGCCGUACUCCGUCGACUACUCCGUCAUUGUCAAUCCGUUGCUCGGCCACCACACAAGGCACUAACUUAACCGCAGACAGGAGGACAUCAGCCAAUUUCCAGCCAAGCUCUUGGAGUUACGAUUUUGUGCAGUCCCUAAACAAUGAACAUUUGGUUGAAGAAUACAAAGAAAAGGUUAAGGAGUUGGAGGAGGAAGUGAGACGCAUGAUUAAUAACGAAAACGUUGCAUUGCUGAACAAACUUGAAUUGGUUGACGAAAUCCAACGGUUUGGACUAGCGCACCGAUUUGGGGAUGAUAUAAGGAGAGCCGUUGAUAAGAUCUACAACUUUAAUGUGAGGCCAGAUCAGGAAUGUCUACACGCUGCCGCUCUACGUUUUAGGCUGCUCAGACAGCAUGGCUAUCAUGUUUCUCCAGAUAUAUUUAAGAGCUUCAAAGAUGAGAAUGGCAAUUUCAAGGAAAGCUUUGGCAAGGAUGUCAAAGGAUUGCUGAGUCUGUAUGAAGCUUCACAUCUCGCUUUUGAAGGAGAAGAUCUGCUAGAUGAGGCCAAGGAAUUCACAAGAAUGCAUCUCAAAAAUCUUGAUGCAAAUCAUAUUCUUGCGGAACAAGUAAACCAUGCACUAGAGCUGCCUUUGCACCACAGAAUGCUAAAGCUAGAAGCUAGAUGGUCCAUUGAGGCAUAUAGUAAAAGGUUCGAUGCAAAUCAAGCUCUACUGGAACUCGCUAAGUUGGAUUUCAACAUGGUGCAAUCCACACUACAGAGGGAGCUGAAAGACAUGUCAAGGUGGUGGAAGGCUCUUGAGUUAGCAAGCAAGUUGAGCUUCACUAGAGACAGACUGAUGGAGAGCUUCUUUUGGGCUCUAGGAAUGGUUUGUGAACCGCAAUUGGGCAAUCUCCGAAAAGGGUUAACAAAAGUAAUUGCUCUAAUAACCGUAAUUGAUGAUGUCUAUGAUGCUUAUGGUACUCCGGAAGAACUGGAGCUUUUCACAAGUUCCGUUGAAAGAUGGGAUGUAAAUGCUGUCCAAAUUCUUCCAGACUACAUGAAAUUAUGCUUCCUUGCUCUCUACAACACUGUCAAUGAGAUGGUUUAUGAAACUUUAAAGGCCAAAGGAGAAAAUGUCCUUCCUUACCUAACAAAAGCGUGGUCCGAUUUGUGCAAAGCGUUCCUAAAGGAAGCAAAGUGGAGUAAAAGCAAAUAUUCACCAACAUUUGAAGAGUACCUUGAAAAUGCAUGGAUAUCAGCAUCUGGGGUAGUCCUACUAGUCCAUGCCUAUUUCCUAUCGUUUGAAAACAUUACACAGGAAACACUUGAGUGCUUGGAAAAUCAUCACAAUCUACUGCGCUGGCCUUCCAUAAUUUUUCGUCUUUCCAAUGACUUGGCUACUUCGACGGCUGAAAUUCAGAGGGGUGAAACGGCAAAUUCAAUCUCCUGUAGCAUGCGUGAUAACAAUGUUUCUGAGGAAUGUGCUCGUAAAUACUUGCAGGCUAUGAUCGAAGAUUCUUGGAAGAAGAUGAACAUGGAAAUGGUUGAUGGUGAUUCUCCAUUUCCAAAGCAAAAUGUUGAUACAGCAAUUAACCUUGCUCGGAUUGCACAAUGCACUUACCAGUAUGGAGAUGGGCAUGGAACCCCAGAUACACGAUCCAAGAACCGAGUCUUAUCUUUGAUAAUUAAUCCUAUUGACUGAUGAAAAUGAACAUCUUUACCUGCAAAAUAUAUAGAUAAAUUGGAAAUUGUGGGUUAUAGGCAAUGUAGCCUUGUCUACAAAGCAUCCCUAAAAUAUGAAAGGUUUACUCAUAUGAUAAAUUAAGUGAGAAUCCACCAAAAUGUGUACGUGUAUAUAUAUAUAUAUAUUUUUUUUUUUUUGCAU